UGUUUUUUUUUUAAAUUUGUGUUGUUAAGGUUUAUUUUUAUCACUUGUGGAAGUUACUCAUCUUCUGAUUAUAAAAGUCACUCUCCAGCGAUGAUAAUGCGGGAAAAUAAAGACCAAACGAUGAUUGAAACCGGUGCGGAGCGUCCGUAGAGCGUGGGUUCUUCCUCUUCGAAGAGCGAUGAUAAUGCAGAGGUAUUCAAGGUUUAUUUUAAGGGUUUGUUCAGUGAUGAGAGAGUUUCUUCAAAUAAAGUAGUGAAAAUGGCAGGAACUGGUGUGGCCAUAUGCAAUUCGAGAGAUGAGAUGAUAUUUGAGAUGAAGAAGCCUCUGGAUUUGAUUAAAGGUGAUCGGGUGAGCAGGCGGAGUGUGGAGGGGCACGCGUUAAUUGAGGCUUUGAAGGCUGCAACUGCUUUGGAACUCAACAGAAUCGUGUUCUAUUGUGAUUAUUAUCUGCUGUAUCAACUUGGGCGGAUGGCAAAGGGACACUUGUGAAUUUGAAUGGCCCACAUCUCCUAGCAAUUACAGUUGACUACUUUGACGCGGGGUAGUUUCUAUCAACAAUGGAUCUCUCAAUAGAGCUAAUCGUUCUUGAUCUUAAGGACAAAAUAGAAGCAUCUAUUGUUAUUUGGAAAGAAAGAUGAAUCAAAAGGGCUCAAAAUUCUUCUUGGAGUUCAUCUAUUAUAAGUUACGAGAAAAAGAUAGCCUAUUGAAGAUAGAGAGCAGCGAGGAAACCAUUUUACUUCUCUUGAAACAAUAGCUUCCGUGACUUCCUCAAUGUCACUAGAGAUUAGCAAACUUGAGUACAAUAAAGUGUACAAAUGAAACAUAAUUUUAAAUUUUGUA